CGGUCUGGUUGCGCCAAAAGUUCAGAACGGUUUAACUUAUAUUAGUGAAUCAUUUGCGUCAGAAAUGCUCGUGUGCGCAUCAGUUGCGCGUUUAAGUAAAGCAGGCGGUUCACAGCGCGUACUGAACUCCUCUCUCCUCUCGCCUCUCUGGUGUCCCAGCAGGACUCUCUCAGCAGCUCGGGGUAAAAUGGCUCAGGAUGUGGGGCAGCACCGGCACACUAAAGUGCUCACCAUAGACACCAUGAAUGCCAACGUGAAGAAGGUGGAGUAUGCGGUGCGGGGGCCCAUACUGCAGCGAGCUGAACAGCUGGAGAGGGAGCUCAGAGAGGGAGUGAAAAAACCCUUCGAUGAGGUCAUUAAAGCCAACAUUGGAGAUGCCCACGCUAUGGGACAGCAGCCCAUUACCUUCUUCAGACAGGUCUUGGCGUUGUGUGCGUAUCCAGAUCUGCUCGACAGUAACAAGUUUCCAGAAGAUGCUAAAAACCGAGCUCGACUCCUCCUGAAGGCUUGUGGAGGAAGCAGCAUCGGUUCUUAUACAUCGAGUCAGGGUAUCGAGUGUGUGAGGCGUGACGUUGCCAGUUACAUCAAGCGCCGGGACGGUGGGAUCGCCAGUGACCCAGACAACAUCUAUCUGACCACGGGCGCCAGUGACGGCAUUAUGACCAUACUGAAGUUACUGACGGCGGGCGAGGGUCGUACCCGCACGGGCAUGAUGAUCCCUAUCCCUCAGUACCCUCUCUACUCGGCUGCUAUCGCUGAGCUGGACGCAAUUCAGAUCAACUAUUACCUGAAUGAGGAGAAGUGUUGGAGUUUGGACAUCAACGAGCUCCAGCAGUCUCUAGAAGCUGCAAGAAAGCACUGCAACCCUCGAGUACUGUGCAUCAUCAACCCUGGAAACCCCACAGGUCAGGUACAGAGCCGGCAGUGUGUCGAGGACGUGAUCCGGUUUGCUGCCCGCGAGCGUCUCUUUCUAAUGGCCGAUGAGGUGUACCAGGAUAACGUGUACGCAGAGGGCUGUGCCUUCCACUCUUUUAAAAAGGUGUUAUUCGAGAUGGGUCCUGAAUUCUCCAGCACAGUAGAACUGGCUUCCUUUCAUUCCACCUCCAAGUGUUACAUGGGAGAGUGUGGUUUGAGGGGCGGCUACAUGGAGGUGAUAAACAUGGACCCAGAGGUGAAGGCUCAGCUCACCAAGCUGAUUUCAGUGCGUCUUUGUCCACCUGUACCUGGCCAAGCUCUCAUGGCCCUGGUGACCAACCCUCCUCAGCCAGGAGAGCCGUCUCAUACCCAGUUCGUCAAGGAGCAGAAGGCCACGCUGAACGAUCUGGCACAGAAAGCCAAGCUGACUGAAGACAUUCUGAACACCGUACCUGGGAUCAGAUGUAACCCAGUACAGGGGGCGAUGUACUCGUUCCCCCAGAUCAGUCUGCCACAACGAGCCAUCAAAGAGGCCAGGGAGAAAGGUCAGGAACCAGAUAUGUUCUACUGUAUGAUGCUUCUGGAGACUACGGGCAUCUGCUUGGUACCUGGCAGUGGGUUCGGUCAAAAAGAGGGAACCUAUCACUUCAGGAUGACGAUCCUCCCGCCUGCAGCUAAACUGAAGAUUUUGCUGAAUAAAGUGAAAGAGUUUCAUCAGAAAUUCACAGAGCAAUACUCUUAACACGUCCUCCCUGAUUACUCUACACACUUUAUCACCUGGUGCCUAGAACCUGCCGGCAGUCCUGUCCAGAAUCCACCGACGGGCUUCAGCAAGAAUGACUUAUGAUAUAUAAAAAAUGAAAUGCAUUUGUGAUUAAAUGCUAGACAGACGUAGCAGAUACUGCACAUUUAAUCAAAGGUUAGAUUGUCAGCACUACUUCAUGUUCAAGCAGUAAUGGACUAACGUAUGAAAUAACUGAGCAAAUGAAACGAUUGGAAUGUGUGUGUGUGUGUGUGUGUGUGUGUGUGUGUGUGUGUGUGUGUGUGUGUGUGUGUGUGUGUGUUUGUGAGUGGGUGUGUUAGACAAAUAAUAAAUAGUACAGUAAUCACCACUAGAAGAGGCAACGUAGUUUUGCACAGCACAGUUCUGCAUUAAAAUGUGCAAUUAUAUGUUUGUCAUUUUUAAACGUUGUAAUUGUUUUUAUGUAGAAUAAAACAUGAUUUUACUGAU